UGUGUAUCUUUCACCAGCACACACACACAAAUAAAAAACACAAGCCGCACCCACAUACAUGCAAACAUUAAAGCAUCCGGCGGAGGAUAAAGAUCGUCCCGAUCUCAAUCCAAAUCAGGAUCAAUAUCAAGAUCAAGAUCAGCCUAGCGAAUGCAUUUGAAUGCCGCUGAUUAGCUCGCUGUGCGGCAGUAUGCGCAUCCGUAUCCGUAAAUGUGUCCACAUCCGUAUCCGCAUCCGUAUCUGAGUGCGUAGUCGAGAAGAGUUCGCUUGGGUGACGCUGACGACAAAUGACACGUACUCACUGGGUGCCUUGGUCUUGGCCCACUCCCUGAGGAGGGCCAAGACCGCCCACCAGCUGGCCGUCCUGGUCACGCCCACCGUUUCGCCGGCGAUGCGCGACAGACUGAAGGAGGUGUACAACGUGGUGCAGGAGGUCAAUGUGCUGGACUCACAGGACGCCGCCAACCUGGCCCUGCUCUCCCGCCCCGAACUGGGCGUGACCUUCACAAAGCUCCACUGCUGGCGACUGGUUCAGUUCGAGAAGUGCGUCUUCCUGGAUGCGGAUACACUGGUCUUGCAAAACUGCGACGAGCUGUUCGAGCGCGAGGAACUGUCCGCCGCUCCGGAUGUCAGCUGGCCGGACUGCUUCAACUCCGGCGUGUUCGUGUUCCGACCCAGCGUGGACACCUUCGGCCAGAUCACAGAGUUCGCCGUGAAGAACGGCAGCUUCGAUGGCGGCGACCAGGGCCUGCUGAACCAGUUCUUCGCCGACUGGGCGACGGCGGACAUCAAGAAGCAUUUGCCAUUUGUGUACAAUGUGACGGCCUAUGCCUCGUACUGCUAUCUGCCCGCCUUCAAACAGUUCAGAGAUAAGAUUAAGAUUUUGCAUUUCGCCGGCAAGCUGAAGCCCUGGCUGAUUCAGUUCAACUCGGAAACGAAGUUGGCCAGCGUUUCGUCGGACUAUGCCCACGCCCAGGAUCUGAUUCAGCUGUGGUGGAACAUCUUCUGCGAAAAUGUGAUCCAGUCCCUGUCCACCGAAAUGUGCCUUUGCCUAAACAUAAUGCAAACGCAAAGCGAAUUCGCGGCGGAUGAGCAGCAUCAGCGGCAGCAGCAUGAGUUCUACCAGCAGCAGAAGCUGCACCACCAACUGUUGCAUGUGCGCCAGUUUCGCGAUCCUUGGGCAGAUUACUAUGAGAAUCUGGAGAGGGAGCAGCGGGAGCAGGAGCAGCAGCAGCAACAGCGCCACAAUCCCAGCCAGAAUCACAGCCAGGACAAUGGGAAUGCGGAUGCGAAUGCAAAUGAACAUGCCACUGAGUGGCAUCAUGACGAUGCAUGCCACCCACCUCCGCCGGCGACUCCUCCUCCACCCCCAAGCCAAAUUCAAAUCCAAACCCACAAUGCCACUGCCAAUGCCGAAGACUUGCCAUCCGUAGAUGUGAAUAGCAAAGAGCUGAACAUUUCACAACCACCUGAACACGCCUCCUCAAACACUGCCACGCCCACAGCUACGCCCACGCCCACGCCCUCGCCCACGCCCACGCCUCAUCAUUCCGUGCAUAGUCAGACAGUAGAAAUUGCGACAAACCACCAACAAGAACAUGAAGUUGCAGCCACAUCGCCGCCUGAGGCGGGUCUGGCUGGUGCCCUGUCACAGAUUCGCAUCGGUGAGCAGCGCACUCCCGAGCAGGAGGCCUACGAGAACCAGAUGCGUCGCCAGUGCUGGGAGUCCGGACAGAUCGACUACUCCGGCGCUGAUUCCUUCGAGAACAUCUGGAAGAAGAUCUCGCAGACGCUGGAGGGGAAGAGCGACAAGGAGUCGGAUGAAACUGAUAAUGAUAACGAUAGUGACCCUGCUAACCCACUAAGCUAUGCUCAAUUGCUAAACGAAACCGCCAGCAAACUGCUGCAUCCGACCCAGAAAUCGUUACCUUCGGAGGCGGUGAAAGCGAAACCGGCUCCUAAUAACACAGGGAAUGCGAAAGGAGACCGUCUUGACCAGCCACGCCCCUCAGUCGCUUCUAAUGCUUCAGCCUCCCCAGCCGCCCCCUUGAAACAGAAUCCACAGAUGCGACAGGAGCAACCGCAAUCCCAACCGGAAACGGAAACCAAGCCCGAAUCGGACCCGAAACCGAAACCGAGACCACAACCGCAGCCAACACAGCAGCACAUCACGAUGCCGACGGGAAGCGGAAACAACAGCAGCGGAAGCGGCGUCUCCAAGAACGGCAAACAGCGGUCCGGCCGCAAGUUCAAAUAGCAAUUACUGAACCUGCUGAUGCACUACAGCUGCCUGCCACACCUGGCGUGUCGCUGCGGGUCGUCGCACUACCGACGGCUGCAACUGGAACCCCCUCUGGAAACCGAACCCCAACCCGUGCACGUCUAACCCGACGAUUGACAGACAGAUCCAAGAAAGUACAAAUGCUGUAUAAAUUGCUUACUAAGCGGCUCUUAGACGAAGUCCUUGAAGUUUAUAAGGUUAUUAGGGUUCGUAGUUAUCAUCAUAGUAAAAGAACUUAGCCAAUUCAAUAGAAGUAUGCGACUUUUUCGCUUAAUGCAACGAUUAUUAUCACUCUGAAACACACUACCCAUUUGAAGACUUUGAUUUUAAAGAAAUAAUAUCAAUAUAAAUAUAUUUAUGUGUGUUUCUAAUGUUAUUCGAAAAAUUAGCAAUAUAAUCUUAAAUCAAAUUUGAUAAUUACACAAAAUUUACAGAUCGCUUUGAGUCUUCUAAAAUUGGUGUCUAAACUAGGUAGUCAAUAUAAAAGCAAAUAUUUUGGAAUUUAUGGAAGCCGUCUAAGAGUCACUUGAUUUACCCUAAUGCCAGGCUGCCUUACCGAGGAAACCCAUGCAAUAUCGUAGAUUUAGCUUAGGAUAAGACGAAAGCUAAUACUAGACUUAAGCCGCAAGUGCUUUGGAUAACCCUAGAUGCAGACACACACUCAAGAGCUUAUACCUUAUAUACCAUAUACCAUAUACUACACACACCUCCACACACA